UUUAUAGGUUAAGGUUGGUGGGGCUCAUCAAAGCCUCUGAGCGUGAUUAAAUGCAUAAUUCACAGCGUCACUGGCUUCUGCUCAGGCUAGUAAUUAAGUAGAUUUUUUUGUUAAGCCCCGUUCGGGAAAAGUUACCAACGGUCCACCUAGAUGUCUCGGCUUGAAACAAGUCCUCUAACGACUUGACAUAUUGUCUUAACCUAAACAAACCGAGGAACUGCAAUUGUUUAACUAAUCCCUAACAUUAUUAAUCGCUUAAGCUCAUUAUCUACGUGUCGGUUUUGCCUGCAGCCGCUAGAAUGAGCGUAAGCAUUCCCAGUGAUAUUUCGGUGUUUCUGCUGUGAUAUAUCCAAACUCGCCAUGACUGCCACCCAGGAAGAAGUUGCUGACCCUAAAGUGUUCCUCAAGAAGAUUCUAUCGGCGCUCUUCUAUGCUGUUGCGUCCUUUAUGAUCACGGUGGUGAACAAGACUGUCCUCACCACCUAUGGAUUCCCAUCGUUCCAGGUACUGGGAAUUGGCCAAAUGGCUGCGACUAUUCUGGUGCUUUUCGUUGCCAAGAAGCUUCGAUUAGUCAACUUUCCCAGCUUCGAUUUGAGCACUUGUGGCAAGAUCUUCCCGCUGCCCUUGAUUUACAUCGGGAACAUGAUUUUCGGACUGGGCGGCACCAAGGAACUGUCCCUGCCAAUGUUCACAGCCCUGAGAAGAUUCUCCAUUCUAAUGACCAUGAUUCUGGAGCUGUACGUUCUGGGGGUCCGGCCCAUCUUUAGUGUACAGUUCAGCGUCUACAUGAUGGUUGGAGGCGCUGUGCUGGCAGCCAGCAAUGAUCUGGCCUUCAACUUGCAAGGCUACAUCUUUGUGCUGCUUAACGACUUCUUCACCGCCAUCAAUGGAGUGUACACGAAGAAGAAGCUGGAUUCCAAAGAACUGGGCAAAUACGGACUGAUGUUCUACAAUUCCUUGUUCAUGAUCAUUCCCGGAACGUUUCUGGCCUUUUACACUGGAGAUCUGGAAGCUGCCUACAACUACCCGACCUGGAAUGACCCGCUGUUUCUUAGCCAGUUUAUUUUAUCGUGCGUGAUGGGUUUUAUCCUGAUGUACAGUGUGAUUCUAUGCACGUUGCACAACUCAGCCCUCACCACCACCAUCAUUGGCUGCUUGAAGAACAUCUGUGUCACCUAUCUGGGCAUGGUGAUUGGCGGCGACUACGUCUUCUCCUGGCUGAACUUCAUUGGGCUGAAUAUCAGCGUGGUGGGCAGCUUGGUCUACACCUAUGUUACAUUCAAGAGAAAGGAACCAGCAGGGGGCAACUACGCCCCAUUGGCCAGCACGAAAUCCAGCGUGGAAGUAUAGUAUAAAGUUUGCUAAAGGCCAUGAAACAGGGUAUUGUAAGAGUAAGUAAAUCAGGACGCAUAGUGGGCAACAGUUUAAUUGAUAAAUGCUGCUUAAGUAGAGGAUUAAGAAGCGACAUUGAUUGCCUGUUAAUUGAUGCUGAUGUUCUGUUGAUUAGUGUAAACUUGCUUUAACCUUGAUUGAUUAGAUUAAUACCUAUAUUUGGAUAUUAUCCAAUGUUGAUUCUUAAUGACCUCAGUUAAUACCUUGGUUGAAGAACCAUAUGUAUAUAGUAUUAAUUGUUUAUAGAUUUCUAGGUGUUUAGUCCUAAAAUCCCGGUAAAUAUCCGCCGAGUAUGUACAGUUUAUGUGAUUGGCAUUGUCCGCCUUAUAAGAGGUAUUUAACAAUAAUUGUGCUAGAGGUUCACGUUAAGGUUAAGAGUUUGUCUGUGAUUUUAUUAUAAUAAAUAUAUAUUAAAACCUGCAAAA